UUCCGCCUGCUUUUCAACAUGCUGAUGAAAUAGCGAGCAGAGACGCCGCUUUUCCGUUUCUCUUACUUCUUAUUUUGUAUUUAUGCACUUAGAUUAUCAUCAUCAAAUAAAGGACGUUGACUAAAUUCCUGUACACAUUUCUCCUGUUUAUCGGUUCAAGAUGCCAGGACUCAGCUGUAGAUUCUACCAGCACAGGUUUCCAGAGGUGGAAGAUGUGGUGAUGGUCAAUGUCAGGUCAAUAGCAGAGAUGGGCGCCUAUGUGAGCCUGCUGGAGUACAACAACAUCGAGGGAAUGAUCCUGCUCAGCGAGCUCUCCAGGAGACGAAUCAGAUCCAUCAACAAACUCAUCCGGAUCGGACGCAAUGAAUGUGUGGUUGUCAUUCGUGUGGAUAAGGAGAAAGGCUACAUUGAUUUAUCCAAAAGAAGAGUUUCACCUGAAGAGGCCAUUAAAUGCGAAGACAAGUUCACAAAAUCUAAAACUGUUUACAGCAUUUUGAGGCACGUAGCUGAAGUCCUAGAGUACACCAAAGAUGAGCAGCUCGAGAGUCUGUACCAGCGAACUGCUUGGGUGUUCGAUGAGAAGUACAAGCGGCCUGGAUACGGAGCCUAUGACAUCUUUAAGCAGGCUGUGUCGGACCCAUCCAUUUUAGAUUGUCUGGAUUUGACGGAGGAGGAAAGGGCCGUCCUGAUUGACAACAUCAACAGACGACUCACUCCGCAGGCUGUCAAAAUAAGAGCGGACAUUGAGGUGGCCUGCUAUGGCUAUGAGGGCAUCGAUGCAGUGAAAGAAGCUUUGAGGGCUGGACUGACGUGUUCAACAGAGUGCAUGCCAAUCAAGAUCAACUUGAUUGCCCCUCCGCGUUACGUUAUGACCACAACCACACUGGAGCGCACAGAGGGCCUUUCUGUGCUCAAUCAAGCCAUGGCUGUCAUUAAAGAGAAGAUCGAAGAGAAGAGAGGCGUCUUCAACAUUCAGAUGGAGCCAAAAGUCGUGACGGACACAGAUGAGACAGAACUGGCUCGGCAGUUAGAGCGGCUGGAGAGAGAGAAUGCCGAGGUGGACGGAGACGAUGAUGCAGAGGAGAUGGAGGCCAAGACCGAUGACUAGCUUGAAGAUGGACAAUAAACUUAGCAUUUCCAUAAUCA